GUGCUAUUCUUUAAUCUUUUUAGAAAUAUCAGAGAGGAGGGAGGAAGAAAAACCCGUUUCCGUGGCUCCUUCUGCUGGUGUCCAGAAAUUACAGCGGGGUGAUCUUUUGUUAUAAACUGUUUUUCAAGAGACAUUCCUGCAAUUAUGAAUGAAGUAGCAAUAGUGAAGGAAGGAUGGCUUCACAAACGAGGAGAAUACAUAAAGACAUGGAGGCCGAGGUAUUUUCUGCUGAAGAACGAUGGCACUUUCAUUGGCUACAAAGAGAGACCGCAGGAUGUUGACCAACGGGAGUCCCCUUUAAACAACUUCUCUGUAGCUCAAUGCCAGCUGAUGAAGACAGAACGACCUAAACCAAACACAUUCAUCAUUAGAUGCCUCCAGUGGACCACAGUAAUUGAAAGAACAUUUCAUGUGGAGACUCCAGAGGAGCGGGAAGAAUGGACAAAAGCCAUCCAAACAGUAGCAGAUAGCCUUAAGAAGCAGGAGGAAGAAAUGAUGGAUUUUAGAUCUGGUUCUCCCAGUGAUAAUUCAGGUGCUGAAGAAAUGGAAGUUUCUAUGACCAAACCAAAACAUAAAGUGACCAUGAAUGAGUUUGAAUACCUUAAGCUACUGGGAAAAGGCACUUUCGGGAAGGUUAUUCUAGUUAAAGAAAAAGCAACUGGACGGUAUUAUGCUAUGAAAAUUCUGAAGAAGGAAGUAAUUGUAGCAAAGGAUGAAGUAGCACACACGCUGACAGAAAACCGUGUUUUACAAAACUCUAGGCACCCAUUCUUAACAGCUUUAAAGUAUUCCUUCCAGACGCAUGAUCGCUUGUGUUUUGUUAUGGAGUAUGCUAAUGGAGGAGAGUUGUUUUUCCAUCUGUCAAGAGAACGCGUUUUCUCUGAAGACCGGGCUCGGUUUUAUGGAGCUGAGAUUGUGUCAGCACUGGAUUACCUGCAUUCAGAGAAGAACGUGGUUUACAGAGAUCUGAAGCUGGAGAAUCUCAUGUUGGAUAAAGAUGGACACAUAAAAAUAACAGACUUUGGGCUCUGUAAAGAAGGUAUAAAGGAUGGAGCAACAAUGAAAACUUUCUGUGGCACUCCAGAAUAUCUUGCCCCAGAGGUGCUGGAAGAUAAUGAUUAUGGCCGUGCAGUGGACUGGUGGGGCUUAGGAGUCGUAAUGUAUGAAAUGAUGUGUGGCCGCCUGCCUUUCUACAAUCAGGACCAUGAGAAGCUCUUUGAACUCAUCCUCAUGGAGGAGAUUAGAUUUCCACGCACUUUGUCACCUGAAGCAAAAUCUCUUCUGUCAGGUUUGCUAAAGAAAGAUCCUAAGCAGAGGUUAGGUGGUGGUCCUGAUGACGCUAAGGAGAUUAUGCAACACAAAUUUUUUGCUGGCAUUGUUUGGCAAGAUGUAUAUGAGAAAAAGCUUGUACCUCCAUUUAAGCCACAAGUUACAUCUGAAACAGAUACAAGAUACUUUGAUGAAGAAUUUACAGCACAGAUGAUUACAAUCACUCCGCCUGACCAAGAUGACAGUAUGGAUUGUGUCGAUAAUGAGAGAAGACCUCAUUUUCCUCAGUUCUCCUAUUCAGCCAGUGGAACCACUUAAUGUUUUGCAAUGUUUUCCAUGCAGAAACAAAACAGACUGCCUUUUGGGGACCUUACUUCAAUGGACACUAGAGAACUUUCUAUAUUACCUGAAUUACAAACUAUGUUUGUACUACAAUUUAGAAAAAUUUGUAGGAUGGCUCACAGAUUCUGUAUUUAAAACAAUUCUGCGUUGCAUUUUGAGAAGGAAAACAAAUCCAUUCUUAGUGUUAAGUCAAAGCCUUUAUGCUGAAUGACCAUAGGUUUUAAGAAUAUGCACCAAAACCGUUUACUUUAGAAGUUAUUAAGAUAUUAAACAUAUCAGCAGCUCUGACCAGAAAACCCCCUUUAUUUUAUUUAUUUAAUUCAGUUCAUUAUCUAAAUAUAGAAUCUGCACUCUGAACAAUUAGAUUUAUUUAGGAAGAUAUAAGACUUUAGUAGCUAGUGCAAUAAUGUAAGCAACAAAGUGAACAAACUCUGGAGAAGUUAACGGUUCAAACUCACUUUGGACAGCAAAGAAGUGUCAUCCUACUCCAGAAAACCAGUUAUAGGAACAGCAUUAAUGGCCUCAGUGAGGUAAAUCAAGAGUUAUUUUGUUAUAACAUCUGCUUCAAGACAUUACAUAUCAAAUCAAGUUCAGUGGAAUCUAGUCCAUUUCUGCUUCACACAGAUGAGGAUUCCACUCAAGACAGUGCAUUUAGUUAUUCCAUUUGCUUAGAGUUAGAACUAUUUACUAGGAUUGGCUUCUCAAGGUUUAGAAAACAGGCUGAUUUCCAAUCUCAUCUGGAAUGCUACACUGCAAAGUCACCCCACUUUACAUAGCAUAUAAAAAGCUGCAUAGGUCUACAUGAGAAAUCCACCUCAAUGAGCAAGUCAACCAAACAUGAGUACAUUUUGACACUGAAGUAAUGACUUGUUGCCACUUUUUUUUUCUUAAAGAAAAGCUAUAUAAACACUUAAUGAAGUUUGCAUCAUGCUAGAUCAUUUCCUUUUUCUUCAGUGUGCAUUAACGGUAUUGGGCAACAGUCGGCGGUGCUUUCUUACUCGUGAAGAAUCACUUCAACAGUGUUUCCCAUGUAUAAGGAAAAACUAGAUUGAAACGUCAUAUGUGUUUGAGUAAUAUGAUGUUCAAAAAGUGAUUUUUUGUUUUGUUUUAAUCUUAGUGAACAAUACCCCACAUCCUAUUUUGUUGUAUCAUGUUUCUUUGUAAUUUUCAUAAAAGCAGUCUUAUUCUGUCUCUACUGCAAGUGAAUUUAUUCCAUUGUAGGUUGCAUUCGCUUAGAUUGCUUUUUGUUUUUGUUCUCUUGACUGUAUAAAAAUGACGAAAUGUACUGCAGUUAAUUAGCAUUUAUUUUUUUUAAUUUGAAAGGGAGUAUAUUACAAGUACCCUCACUUCCCCUUCCCAUGGCAAACUACUGUGUUCAACCACAGAACACCAACCACCAUCAUUUUUUUUUUUUUUACAACCAUUCAACUUUAGCAUUUUUACUUGUGAUAUGAGUUUCCCUCCAAAUACUUAAAUAAAAACUGCUUUAACAAG